CUCAAAACUACUCGGCGCCGAGCGUGGUCAAACGUCACUAUGAAGCGUGUAACAUGGCUGUAAACAACAGCGAUGAGGACCAUGAAGGAGACUCGGAUGCUGAGCGAAUAGUGUAUGAAAAGUUUGUUGCGUUGAACCAGAACUUGAUCGACUGUGGAAUACACAUAGACGAAUUAAGAAACUUGACGUACAGGAAAACUAGGACGAAAAGUGAUGGUGGGUCUGCACUACUUAGACCUCACAGUUUGUUUAUUUUAGUAACACUUGUUGUUGUUGCGUGUGUUAGUAUUGUACUGAAAAUACCAUUUGUAGAAUACAUCGUGCAGAGUGCCAUCGGUAUACGAUGUAUUUUACCCAACAAUUAUUUUGUUUGGGAAGCUACAAGACCUAUAACAGACUGUGAAAUGUGCAAGGAUGUGAAGGAAGUGCUUGUAUUUCACAAUAUUACUAGAGAAAAAUUUAAGAACUAUGCGUACAGUUCCAGACCGAUGUUAAUGAAAGGUGCUGCCUCAAAAUGGCCUGCAAUGCGUACGUUUGAUUAUCAUUUUUUAAGAGACUUAUAUCAAAGAAUUGAUGGUGCUUAUGAAAGUGUAGAGGAUGAGUGCCAGAUUUUAACUUUCAAGACUGAAUUCAAAACAUUAGAAGAAGUAUUUUCUAUGCCUGAGUCAAGAGUCAAACUAGAAGUAGGCGAGAAGCCGUGGUAUGUUGGUUGGAGUAACUGCCAUCCAGAAGUUUUGGAUGUACUGCAUCAGUACUAUGAUAAGCCAGACUUCCUGCCAGAGGAUGCUGAACACUCUCGCACUGACUACAUCUUCAUCGGAUACCAACAGGGAGCUGUCAUGCAUAUUGACUACGUAAGCCGCCUGAUGUGGCAGGCCCAAAUUAAAGGGCACAAGACAUGGAAAUUGUUACCACCACCAGAGUGUGAUGAUGUUUGUUCACCAGUUAGCUUCCGUGUUGAACCAGGGGAUAUAGUUCUCCUGGACACACGGCAGUGGUACCACGAUACCAAUAUAGACGAUGGAGAAAUGAGUCUUACAGUCAGCUCUGAAUAUGGUUAGAUACAGCAGAAGACAUGCAAGAAAAUUGUAUGACAGUACAAAAGUAGCUUUUAACCUCAGGAAUUCACAUUGUUAAGAUGAAAUUUCAGCAUUAAUUUUAAUUAGUUUGAUGACAAUAGCUAUACUAAUCACCAUUACCCAAAAGCCAAACCAAAGUCCCAUCAGCAACACUUAGGCUGUUAUGAAUAUUAGAAAGUGAUUAUUCUGCUUCUGAUUUAUACCACAAAUUGUUUCUAGUCCUUUUGUACAGCAGGCACAAUUAUUUCAUUUAAAUUUACAUAUAUUUGUACAUUACUAAGCUAGCACAAAGAUAUAUUUAUUACAUAAAAGAGAAUUAUUUUUAUAUUAUAGACUUUACAUACUAUCCUAGUCAUGUGUAUAACCAUAGUUUUAGCUUCUCCAAAAGAAUUCUGAAGUCUUCAACAGUUUAUACAAACUUUUGUCACUUUUGUAUCAUAAAUGGAGAGAUUCUGAAAGUGUGGAGUGAUGAUGUCAUUCUUCUUCACAUGCUCUUUCAUUAUUUAUUCUUCUCAAUAUAAUGCUGUAUAAUGGGAAAGUACCAAUGGAUUAUGCACAAGACAUGAAAAGUCCGUUUCAGCUUUCUCUAUGGAAGUUACAUAGCGCAAAAGAGAUGCUGUAUGAAGUUUUUUGUUUGUUAGUAUAACUUAUGCAGCAACUGAAAACAGUCUCUGUCUUCCUAGUUAAAUACAUAUAAGAAAAAUUCUACAAGCCAAAGAUUUCAAGUUUUCUGUCUUCCAUAUUUCAUCAUUCUGUCUCUAAAUUUCUUGAUCUAUUUACACCAAUGGAGACUAGCCAUGUAUCCGUUUACAGUUGACAUGAUUUUGUAAGACUGUGACAUCUGUGCACAAUAGUUGAAAGUAUUACCAAAUUAUCAUUAGUAUCUAUGCCUUUUAUGUGAACAACUGUUUUGUUAAAUAAUUAUACAUUUACUUAAAACACUUGUAAUGAAAAUUUCUUUCAUAGAAGUUUAAUUGUAAUAUUAGAGGUGCUGCCGUAACUACUAUUAUAUGUGCUUUCUCUGUUAUCAUUUUAAAGGCAUUUAUUGUUGUAUAUUACAUAUUUUACAUACUCAACAAUGUGUAUGGACUAGUGCCUCUUGAUUUAAUUCUAAUCUCUUACUAUUAAGAUAUUAAGUAUAUUUAUUCAAAAUUGUGCAGCAUUUGACAAAUUUAAACACUUUUAUGGUGGAGUCCAUACCACAGUGCAUGCAUUACUUAUAGCAAGUUAAAAACCAGCAUCUCUUUUUUCCAUCAUUUUGCAGUGAUCUAGUAAAUUAUUUCAUCCACUCAUUUUGUUUUAUAAUUGGAAAUAAGCAAUCUGGUCAUUAUGAGGUUCACAUUAAUUAAGAAAUGAACCAAAAACAAUGAUGGGUUUCAGUGAUGAACAAUUAUUCAAGAAUUACUAUACCAUAGAAAAACAGCUAAUAUAAAUUGCUUUUGCAUGUUACGUUAACAACUAAUUAGAAUUUCUUACCAAUAAAUCUAAUUAGUUGUACUCAGUAUAUUCUUAUUGCAAUGGUAGGAAAAAGCUAUAUUGUAA